AUGUCGGUCACGCUCCGCACCCGCAAGUUCAUGACCAACCGCCUGCUGGCGCGCCGCCAGUUCGUGGUCGACGUGCUGCACCCCGGGCGCGCGACGGUCAGCAAGUCCGAGAUCAAGGACAAGCUGGCCAGCCUGUACAACGUCGGCGAGUCAAACACGAUCUUCGUGUUCGGGUUCAGGACCCAGUUUGGCGGCGGCAAGAGCACCGGGUUUGGCCUGAUCUACGACAACCUGAAGGCGGCGGAGAAGUUUGAGCCCAAGCACCGCCUCGUCAGGUGCGGGGCGGACGCAGCCGGGGGGCUUGGAGGAGGCCCGCAUCUUUGGGGAGCAGCGGGGUCGUCAGCGGCCCUGGCGGGGCGGCCUUUCAGCUUGCCAGGGAGCGGGCGAGAGCAGCAGCAGCGGCAGCAGCAACGGCAGCAGCAGCGGCAGCCGCAGCAGCAGCAGCAGCAGCAGCAGCAGCAGCAGCAGCAGCGGCACAAGGUCCAGGAGUGCACGGCAGCAGCGGCGGCGGCAGCAGUAGCCAUGGCGGCGCUGGCAGCGCCUGCUGCGUUUGCAACGCAUCAGCAGCAGCGGCAGCCCGUACAGCUUGCAGGCAGUGGCGGCUGCACACCGCCUGGAGCUUCUUGCGCGGCAGCAAGUAACAGCCUUCGCCUGGCUUUGGAGCAGGGCCUGGCCAAGAAGGUGGAGCGGUCGCGCAAGCAGCUCAAGGAGCGCAAGAACAGGACCAAGAAGAUCCGCGGCAUCAAGAAGAACAAGUCCGCCUAG